UCCCUCUGCGAGCUCUUCGCCCGGUCCGCUCCCAGCAGUCGGCCCGUCCUUGCUCCCCAGGUUCCCGGCAGCCCGCGCUGGGCGACCUCGGGCUGCCCGCUGCUGCCCGGUGCACCGCCGUUGCUGUCGGACCCCAUCCUCCCGCCUGAGGACGCCGGGUCCCCUCCCCCUUCCCUGCGCCCAGGGCUGCUCGCGCCCAUCCGGACGGAGAUGACCAGGGUCUCAGGGGCGCCUGGGCCACGCGCGCUUGGCUGCACCCGGUGGGGGAAGGCCCUCUGAGCUCCGCCCUCGGACUCCAGCCAGGAGACUCUCUGGCCCAGUCACCGCUGGACCGUCCCCAGACAGACCGCGGGCUGAGCCCCUUCUGUCUCGCCCUCAUGGCCCAGCCUCUGCUGCUGGUUCUCUGGCUGGCUCUGGGUGUGGCCCCUGCCGGAACCAGCGAGCCCCCUACCGCGCAGACAGUGGCACCCACGGAGGCCGAGACCCUGCAGAACGAGGCAGACAACCAGGAGAACGUCUUGUCUCAGUUGCUGGGAGACUAUGACAAGGUCAAAGCUGUGUCCGAGGGCUCCGACUGCCAGUGCAAAUGUGUGGUGAGGCCCCUGGGCCAGGACGCCUGCAGGAGGGUCAACGCCGGAGCCUCCCGGAAGGAGGACUUCUACACCGUGGAGACCAUCACCUCCGGCUCAUCCUGCAAGUGCGCCUGCGUCGCUCCGCCCUCCGCCCUCAACCCCUGCGAGGGGGACUUCAGGCUCCAGAAGCUGCGGGAGGCCGACAGCCGCGACUUGAAGCUCGCCACCAUCAUAGACAUGCUGGAGGGCGCGUUCUACGGCCUGGACCUCCUGAAGCUGCAUUCGGUCACCAGCAAGCUGGUGGGGCGCGUGGACAAACUGGAGGAGGAAGUUUCUAAAAACCUCACCAAGGAAAACGAGCAAAUCAAAGAGGACGUGGAAGGAAUUCGUGCCGAGAUGGGCCAGCGCAGGAAGAACUGCUCCCGGGACGCGGCAGCCGGGCUCCCGGAGGCAGAGGCAGGCUCCGCCCUGCAGAGGGACGCGGCCGCCGCCUACGCCCACCCCGAGGAACAGUAUGAAGAGAGGUUCCUGCGGGAGGAGACUGUGUCCCAGCACGUCAACUCCAUCGAGCUCCUGCGGACGCGGCCGCUGGCUCCGCCCGAGCUGGUGCGGCCACAGCAGCCCGUCCAGAGGCAGGUGUCCCUGCGGGGCCGGCCGGCCUCCAAGCCUGCCAUCAUCCGGGGCAUCACCUACUACAAAGCCCAGGACCCCGAAGACGAGAACGACAUAGAGGAGCAGCAGGACCAGUUCUUCAGCGGUGACAGCGGAGUGGACUUGCUGAUUGAGGACCAGCUGCUGAGACACCACAGCCUGCUGCCCACUGUGCCCCGCAGGCCGGCAGCCACCCAUCACGGCGCUGCUGCGACCAUGGCCCCGUCCUCCCCAUGGCCUCAGGCCUCCCCCCCGACCCCCCAUGUCCCUGCCGCCUCUGCCUCCGCCCAGCCAGUCCCCACACCACCGCCAGCCACCGUCCCUCCAGCCCCCAGGGGAGAGGCGCUCCUCCCACCUCCCACUCGGGCCUCAGCCACCACCGCGGCCCACACGGCCACCCCUCCUCUUCCGGCCCCAGCUGCCUUGCCGGUGGCUCCUGGGGACACACACUCGUCCCCCGUGCCUCCCACCGCAGUCAGGACAGACUCCCUGGGGAAGGCCGCCCCUGAUGAGGGCACAGCCUCCGCCAGCCCCACCCUGCACCCGGAGGAGGACGACAUCCGGAACGUCAUAGGAAGGUGCAAGGACACGCUGUCCACCAUCACGGGGCCCACCACCCAGAACACAUACGGGCGGAACGAAGGGGCCUGGAUGAAGGACCCGCUGGCCAGCGACGAGCGGAUCUACGUGACCGACUCCUCCUACGGCAGCACCCUGGUGGAGUUCAGGAACCUGGAGAACUUCAGACAGGGCCGCUGGAGCAACUCGUACAAGCUGCCCUACAGCUGGGCGGGCACGGGGCACGUGGUGUUCGGGGGCGCCUUCUACUACAGCCGCGCCUUCACCCGCACCCUCAUCAAGUACGACCUGCGCCGCCGCUACGUGGCCGCCUGGGCCCUGCUGCCCGACGCGGCCUAUGAGGAGGCCACGCCCUGGGGCCGGCAGGGCCACUCGGACGUGGACUUCGCCGUGGACGAGAACGGGCUGUGGCUCAUCUACCCCGCCCUGGACGAGGAGGGCUUCAGCCAGGAGGUGAUCGUGCUGAGCAAGCUCAAUGCCGCAGACCUGAGCACGCAGAAGGAGACCACGUGGCGCACGGGGCUCCGCCGGAACCUGUACGGCCACUGCUUUGUCAUCUGCGGGGUGCUGUACGCCGUGGACAGCCACAACCAGCGCAACGCCAACAUCUCCUACGCCUUCGACACCCACACCAACACGCAGAUCGUGCCGCGGCUGCUGUUUGAGAACGAGUAUUCUUACACCACCCAGAUCGACUACAACCCCAAGGACCGGCUGCUCUACGCCUGGGACAAUGGCCACCAGGUCACCUACCGCGUCAUCUUCGCCUACUGACCCCCGGCCGGAGCAGAUGUGCCCGGCCACUGCACCUUGUAAGUGCAUGUGCACGUGUGUGUGUGCAUUGCACGUUUGUGUGUGUGCACGAGUGUAUGCAUGUAUGUGUGAAUGUGUGUGCGUGUACAUGUGUGCACGUGUGUGUGUGCAGAUGGGUAAGUGCUGUUCAAAAAAUAUAUAUUAUUUUGUAUAAUGUAAAGUGACAGUUUGGGUCUAUUUUUUUAUAUGGAUUGUAGAUCAAUCCAUACAUUAUGUGCUGGCCUCAUCCUCCACAGUUUAUAUUUUUGUGCAAAUGAACUUCUCCUUGGACCAGUGACCACCUUCCUUCGAGCCUCUGCCCCUCUGGCUCCCGCGUCUCAAUGGCGUGGUCUCCAUGUGGGUCUCGCGGCCGAGGCACCUGCAGUGGGAGCGAGGGGGGCAGGAAAGAAGUGCUAGGGGCAGGAAAAAUUAUGUGCUGGAGAAGUUUUUAAAACCCAGAAAAUGCUUUUUUAAAUAAAGAAGGAAUUUAAAAUGA